AUGACUGGGCAGUACGAAACGACCAUACAGCUCGCGAACGAGACAAAGCGGUGCCUUGAAGCGAAGGAGGGAGAAAUGCAAAAGCUCGCCGAUGCCCUGGCAGAAAAGCUGGAGAGCAAAUGCCAGUCUCUCGAACUUCAAUCCAGGGAGAUGGUUCAUCGUUCUCAAGUAGAGAGGGCAAGUGACAAAAUACAGAGGUCACAAGAGAUGUGCAAAGAUAUCAGUGAUAAGCGGAAUGACCUUGAGCAGAAGAUUAGGGACAUGGUUGACCGUGUAGUAUACGAUGCAGUCUACCAGCAAAGCGAAGCUUCGACGAAAAAGCUUCUUGAGGCUGGCAGAGAGCUUGCACAUGUUCGUGAGCGACUGCAGUUCAAUGCAGAGGUUCUUGAAGACGCAUUGCAUGACAAGGAGACGUUGAGCGAACGUAUAAGAGUCUCGGAAGAAGAGCGUCUAGCCGAGUCAGACAUGCUGCAGAAUUACACUGCAUACAUCGAACAGCUGCCCUCGCUCGAGGAGUGUACACAGACAUCCAACAUGCUCCGAGAGUCCCAGGUCAUGAUCGCUAGCCAAGAGGAAGAAAUUUCGAUGCUUGGGGAGGGCAUUAAAGACCUCGCGCAAUGCCUGGACAGUCACAUGGCAACCUCGAUAAAUAUUAUGAGAAAGUUUUUGGAGGUCCUGGCUAUCAAACAGAAUGAGUUGGAAGAAGUGACUGAGGCUCGGGACACUAUGGCAGCAAUGGCUCAUGCGUUCAAGGUAGGGGUGGAUGAAAUGAACCGCAAGUCCUAG